GGCUACAUUGUAAUCAGAGCGGAGAGGGAAGAGGACCCGUCCAUAUUAUAGCUGCUGUUUCAGCGGUUUCCAUGGUGAUGGACCCUCCGGGCGGGCGAGAUGAGCGUCGCUCGUCUCAGGCAGAGCGGCUACGGCGGGAGGAGGCCUACUAUCACUUCAUCAACGAGCUGAGUGAGGAGGAGUACCGCCUCAUGAGGGACAGCAACCUCCUGGGGACCCCUGGUGAGGUCACGGCAGAGGAGCUGAGGCAGCGCCUGGACGGAGCGAAAGAGAGGGUGUCGUCUCAGCCUCGACCAGAACCACGCCCACCGGGCAACGAAGGUGGAGAGGAACAAGGAAGCAGUGGAGCUCCGGAAGCGGGCUCAGAGACGUCCAACGGCGACUCCCUGCUGGAGUGGCUGAACACAUUCCGGCGCACGGGCAACGCCACGCGCAGCGGGCAGAGCGGCAACCAGACGUGGCGCGCGGUCAGCCGCACCAACCCCAACAGCGGCGAGUUCCGCUUCAGCCUGGAGAUCAACAUCAACCACGAGCAGCCCGACGCGGGCGAGCACGGCGACGAGCUCCCGGUGCCGCCGCCCCCACCCCCUCCGCCGCCGCCUCCGCCCCCGCCCCCCUCCCAGCCGCUGGCCCCUUCCUCCAUCCGCACGGCGGCCUACAGCGCCGCGAGACCCACGCCCUACACCACCCAGCGGCCCUCGGCGCCCUUCUCCCACGCCCACGCCCCGUCCGCCAGGCCCACGCUGGGGCGCAGGUCCCAGGCCAGGCGCACGCGCAACAGCGCCGCCUCCCCGCUCCCCCCUCCCCCGCCCCUACCCGUACCCCUCACGCCCUUGAGACGCAGCGUGGCCCCCCAGCCCGUGAGCCCCCCACCUGCGCCCGUCGUCGCUGCCGUGGGUCCCACCUCGCAUCCGGGCACCGAAGGCGGCACCGGGGGGCCGGCCCAGCCACAGCCCCCCUCGUCAAGCCCCCCCACUGGGGAGGCUCAGCCACAGCAGCAGCAGCAGCAACAGGAGGCCCCUGAGGAGGCCCCCGAGGACCCCCCCUGUGCCGCACCGGCCCAGGAAGCCCAGCAGGGGGCGCCAGGUGGGCGCGAGGCACGCAGCAGCAGGACUCGAUUGCGCGGGCGCGUGCGGAGGGCGCUGGCCGGAGGAGGGGGCGGGACUGGGACCGGCGGCGGUGGGCUGGCGUCCCGCUCGUCACGUCGAAGCCGCUCCCCCUUGCACAGGAGUCCCACCGCCACCCCGGCCGCCGCCGCCGCCGCUACCGUCGUCACCGCCUCCUCCGGCACCGGCGCCAGCGCGGCCCACACCGCCGACCCGGCCGAGCUCGGAGGCAGCACGACGGCCACCGUGGCCAUGGAGACGGGCGAAGCGGCUCCCGCCGAGCCGGCGGCGCCCACGGCGGAGGGCCCGGCGGCCGAGACUAACGAGGAAGAGGCCGAGUCCCACGGCGGGACGGGUGCGGGAGGAGCCCCAGGGGCCGGGGGAGGCGGCGGCGGAGGAGGAGGAGGAGGAGGGGGCGUGCGGCGCCACCCCACCAUCAUGCUGGACCUGCAGGUGCGCCGCAUCCGCCCGGGCGAGAACCGCGACCGCGACAGCAUCGCCAGCCGCACGCGCUCCCGGGCCCGCGCCGCCGAGAACACCGUCACCUUCGAGAGCGACAGCGGCGGCUUCCGCCGCACCAUCUCGCGCUCGGAGCGCGCCGGCAUCCGCACCUACGUCAGCACCAUCCGCAUCCCGCUGCGGCGCAUCAGCGAGACGGGCCUGGGCGAGCCCAGCUCCACCGCGCUGCGCUCCAUCCUGCGCCAGAUCAUGACCGGCUUCGGCGAGCUCAGCUCCCUCAUGGAGACCGAGGCCGACUCCGAGAACCGGGGCGGGGGAGCGGGGGCGGCGGCGGCCGCUGCCGUGGCCUCGGGCGGACAGGACGGAGGCGGGGCCGGUGGAGGCGUCGCCGUCGGAAACGAGGGAUUGGGUGGUGGCGCUGGCGGCGGUGGCAUCGGGGUCGGCGUCGGCGUCGGGGUCGGGGUGGACGGCCGGCCGGCCAGCAGGGACACCAACAACCUCGUGGAGAACGGCACGCUGCCCAUCCUCCGGCUGGCGCACUUCUUCCUGCUCAACGACGAGGAGGACGAGGAGCACCCGCGCGGGCUCACCAAAGAGCAGAUCGACAACCUGGGCACGCGCACCUACGGCCAGGCCAGCCUGGAGGCCGAGGCCGGCCGCGCCUGCAGCGUCUGCAUCAACGAGUACGCCCAGGGCAACAAGCUCCGCCGACUGCCCUGUGCCCACGAGUUCCACAUCCACUGCAUUGACCGCUGGCUCUCCGAGAACAAUACCUGCCCCAUCUGCCGGCAGCCUAUUCUGUCCAGCCAUCACGACUGACCCCACCCCCUCCCCCUAAUCCCACUUCUCUAGCGAUUUUUCCCCGACUCACCCCAGUUUACCCCACAAUGACAUUUCACACCUCCAGCCACAGGGUGGAGCUGUGUUUCUGUAAAUACGCGCUUCAAUGUUUUCAUUCAUGGAGAUCCAUUGUAUUCGAGCUGAAGGUAGACAGAAAAAAAAAAGAGAUACCAAAAGUGGAAUCUAUAAUGCAGAGAAAUUAACAAAGCUUUAUUUUUUUAGACCUCUUGUGUUUCAGCGACUUUUUUUUUUCUCUCCCUUCUUUCUUUUUUUUCAUUUUUCUUUGCACUCUGUCUCUUCUGUGACCUCCCUGUACUACACACAGCAUGACUAACGGCUGCAGAGUUACUCUUAGCAGGACGCCUAACCCAGUCAUUUUUAAUUUCCCCUGCCAGGUCUACGCUAUGCUGUCAUACACACAGACUCCAGGAGCAUUCAGACAGACUGAUGAACAGACACAGACAGACAGACAGACAAACCUCUGGCAUUAAAUCCAGAUGUGUAAAUAUAUGGACAACUCAUUGCUGGGUUGAAAUGAUUUUGGGAGACAUUGAGAUUUUGGGUCUUGAAAAAUUGGAAGAAAAGAAAAAUGCCAAUUUGCAUCCUUAAAAGAAUCCCAUACGUUUUAAGCGCUUACAAUGGAAUCCUCCAUUUUGUAUUUUAAAAAGCUCUUAUUAGAGAACGCCAUUUAAAUUAUCGGACUCCUUUGAAAAGGUAUAUUAAUGCGUCUUCAAUCAAACAGGAUUUUAAAUAGUUUUAAUCAGGAUGGCAUUGAGGUGUGUGUUUUUUUUUUUUAAUCUCAUCACAUUUUUAUUUCAUUUUACCUCACAUGUACUCUUUACUUUUCUCAUCAGUCCGUGAUUUUGUUCCCAACUUGCUGCUUCUCCGGCUUCGUUUGAUAUGAAAGGUCAUAUGGUUAUCAUUUACAUUAUUUUAAUCAGUCUAUCUUACACUACAGCCUGUGGGCAACACAACAUGCCAGGUGUAAGGGUGUCUUGAUAUUUAGGCAUUCACUUCAUACUGUGUUCAAUCAUUAUUUUGAUUAUAAUUUAAAAUGUUGUGUCCUAUUUACAGUUCAUACAUUUUAGUCCUUGUUUCAGCUAAUAGGAAAUGUGGGAACAUGGGAAAUUGUGCAUUUGAGUCUCCAAGUGAUUAGUCAUCUAACAUCUCUGGAAAAAAAACAAAACGUAAAGCAGUUGCACUUAACCUCAGCAAAUGGACUGUGCGUCAAUAGUUUUGCAUGAUAGUUUUCUACCCACCCAGUUUAUUUUGCUGUAACAUUUUACAAGUUGUAAAUUAUCAAAGACAAAACCCAACACAAUUCUUGUGACUUGCUGAAUGAAAGAUAAUCAGGAAGUCUGCAACCCAUUUUCCCCAUGCACUUGUGCCAGAAGGAGGUCCAUUGGAGGAAUAGUAUUGAAUUCGAGCAGAUGGGUGGAAUUGAUCACCCACUUUUGAGACCCUUAUUUCCAAAAUGAAAUAGGACUGAAGUAAAGUAUUAUAUUUUUAAGAUUUUACUGCAGACACACACUCACGCCCUGCUUCUACCUUGAAGAGCGUCUUUUUGCACCUGAAUGACAAUGGUCACUUUUUCUCCACUGCCUGGUGUCUCUGCCCAUUGCUUCCAUGCAGGUGCUCAUGCUUCUCCGGAUGUUUUGCUUCAGGUCAUGAAACUGAAAGCCACCUUUAUUCUAGCUGCACCUACUUUUUGCAGUGUUGCACUACCACCACCAGGGGCAGUAUACACAUCAGCCAAAUGUGAAAAAAAUGAAGAUCAACAUGUUUUCGUUUUGUUUUUUUGUCAUUGCUUUAGGUUCUUUCGUUUCUCUGUGUUUGUUGAUCCAACAACAGAAAAAGAAGAAUGCUGUUCUGUGACAUACUGCUUCUUCUGAUGCCCCUUCUCUCUGAAGUGUGUGUGUGUGUGUGUGUUUGGGAGAGUGUCUGUGUGUGAGAGAGUGUUUGUGUGUGUUAGUGUGUAAAAAGGAGGAAGAGUUGGUUGAAUGUUUGUGUUGUGUUUUGAGUGCAAGCGAAGAUUGAGUUGAUUGAGUGUCUUAAGGUGUCAUUUAUCUGAAUGUUAAGAAGAGGCAGAGCAAGGGGUCUUUGGCCAUAAAGUUCAGAACUGAAUAUUUAGUUCUUAUUUAAGAUUAAAACAACAACAUGGAGAUAUGACUAUGUAUUAUGUUAUAAUGUGAUGAUAAAAAAAACUGUUAAGAAGAAUAUGUAUUCUGUUACUAUGUAAUAAAGUAAAAACAUGGGUUUCUUCUCUGCCCCUUCACAUGGGAAUUAAAAUAAGCUUUGUUAUGCCUGAAAA